AUGGGCCCUAUGGGAAUUGUAUUAGCUUGGUAUUCAUUAUAUCUGCAAUCAUCAAAUAUUUCACAAUUUUUAAUAACUAUUUUAUUAAUUCCAUAUAUUCAAAAAAUUGUACUUGAUGCUAUUUUGUCAAAAGAAUGUGUUAAUGAGAAUUUUUUAAAGUUUAUUGAUAAUAAAAGAGAUAGAUAUACUGGUGCCGAUGAAAAUAUUUUGACGUUAUAUGCUAGAAAAUUACAACGGUAUAUUUAUGAAAUUAAAUAUUUUUCAAUCUUGCCUUUUUCAAUUACAAAGAUUUUGUUUUUGUUUUUCAUUAAUUUUAUCCCUGUUGUUGGUCCAAUUAUUAUCUUGAUUAUUAAAGUUAACUCAAAAUCAGUGCAAGUUCAUAGAAGAUAUUUUAUAUUAAAAGGGUUUGAUUUAAUUGAAAUUGAAAAUUUUUACAAGUUGAAUAAAAAUUCCUACUUAUUGUUUGCUAUUUUUGCAUUAUUAUUAGAGCUGAUUCCAUGUGUAAAUGUUUUAUUGUUAUUCACUAAUACUAUUGGCGCUGCUUUAUGGGCUGUUGAUAUAGAAAAUACAGAAAUUAAAAAUGCAAAACCAAUUGAAAUUAAAUCAGAAAUGGCCAAUAAUAACCAAGUAAAUCAAAAUCAAGAUCAAAUGGAUGCUCACUCUAGUCAAUUAAAACAACGUCCUAUUUCAUCAUUUGAGGAACUUAGAUAA